AUCUCCGCCUGCUGCAACAGGAGAAACUUUCAGGCACUUCCUGCAGCCCCCUCCUCCCUGUGCUACGUGGUACUGUACUCAUACCCUGUCAGAGGGGGGACCAGCUCUGGUCUGGAGAACAUCUGCAACAUACAAGUGAUAGACCCUCAGUAUUCCAGGCAUCCGAGUGCUGAGGGCUCUUGGAGGACCAGGAAUGACUUGUGGGGCAGACCGGACCCUCAGGAACGACUGUGAGUUUUGUAUCUUUACUGAUUAGCUGGAAAGCAUUGCUAUGACUGAAAGAUCUUGAAGAACCUAAAACAUUUCUCUAGCAUUGUGCAUGCAAAACGUCGAGCCUUGAUUUUCUACACUUACUGGUUCUGGAGGUUUGAGUUGGCUUCAUCAUGAUCUGGAGUCUUGGCCUCAAGCUUCUCCUUGUCUUUAUUGUCUCGGUAAAUGCUCAGUAUGAGCGUUACAGCUUCAGGAGUUACCCCCGAGACGAGCUGAUGCCCUUAGAGAGUGCCUACAAGUAUGGACUAGACCAGUACAGCAAUGAGAACUGGCCCGAGGCGGUCAACUACCUGGAAAUAAGUCUCCGUUUGUACAGGCUUUUGAGGGACAGUGAGGCUUUCUGUAACCUUAACUGCAGCACAGCACAAAUAGACAAUGGUCCACCAGCAGAAGAUGGGGCCUUGAAGAAUGAGACAAGUCACUUGGGUCGUUUUACUGGCUUCGCUGAGCUGAAGGUGUUUGGAGACGUUCUUAUGAGGACCCAGUGCCUAAAACGAUGUAAACAAGGUCUCCCCGCAUUUCGACAAUCGCAGCCCAGCCGGGAGACCAUGGAGGAGUUCCACAACCGUGAGCCAUAUAAGUUUUUACAGUAUGCCUAUUUCAAGUCUAAUAAUUUGCCAAAAGCCAUUGCUGCAGCCCACACAUUUCUCUUAAUGCACCCUGAUGAUGAGAUGAUGAAGAGAAAUAUGGCGUACUACAAGAGUAUGCCGGAUUCAGACGCCCACAUCCAGGAUCUGGAAACCAAGACCUAUGAGCAAUUGUUCAUUCGAGCCGUGAGGGCCUACAAUGGAGAAAAUUGGAGAACCUCCAUCUCUGAUAUGGAGUUAGCCCUACCUGACUUCUUUAAAACAUUCCAAGAAUGCAUUGCAGCCUGCGAAGGCUCGCGAGAGAUCAAAAAUUUCAAUGACUUUUAUCAGUCGGUGGCUGACCACUACAUUGAGGUCCUCAAAUGCAAACUCAAUUGUGAAAGCAGCCUUACUCCGGUCAUUGGGGGCUACAUAGUGAACAAGUUUGUGGCUACUAUGUAUCACUACCUGCAGUUUGCUUACUACAAACUCAAUGAUGUUCGGAACGCGGCCCCUUGCGCGGCCAGCUACCUGCUUUUUGACUCAGAUGAUGACGUCAUGAAGCAAAAUAUGGUCUACUAUCAAUACCACAUGGAGAAGUGGGGACUGUCGCAGGAGAACUUUAACCCCAGGCCGGAGGCCACUCUCUACUACAACAUCACGACCAAGCAGAAGGAGCUGUAUGAGUUCGCCCUGCAGAAUAUCGUAGACGAUGAUGAAGGUGAUGUGGUGGAAUAUCUGGAUGAACUUUUGGAGGGAACUUUUUGAGGGGAAUUUUUUAUUGAGAUGUUUUUGAAUAUUUUGAAAAAUUUGGGGGACUUUUCUUUAACACCCUGCAGGUGUAAUGGGGUUCAUGCUGUGCUUUCAUGGUGUUUACUGGGAAUAAAUUUCCAUAAACCAUAAUAAGUCAAGAAGAUGUUUUUGUAUUUUUGAGUAGGUCUCACAAGCAGGGUGGGAGGGAUAGUGGUCAGUGCUUAAAGACCACAGCUGAGCCAAGGGGAAGGCCUCCACUAAUAAAGUUGUGUUCCCAGAAUGACAGCUUAUCACCUAUCCACAAGAGAGACAUCUGACCGGUGGAGGUCCUCCUUCUGAAUGGAAUUGCAGUCGACCAAGAGCAUUCAAACUCUGUCGGCCUGUCAAUCCCAUAGACUUUAAAUAGAGCUGUCUUCAUGAUUGGUGAGGGUCUCAUCAGCCAGAACCCCCCAACAGACACUUCUCACCUAUUCUGUGGAUAGUUGAUAAGUAGUCAUUCUGGGAAUAACUUUUAACUGACCAUUUGGUUGAGCAUCUCAUGGUUUGGUGAGCCUGGAGCUCAGAUCUUUUAAGUCUUGGUCCACCUGUGCUUUCAAGCAUCAGCGUUGUAGUCAGGCAUUCUCUUUUACGCAGACUUACAUGUCUCCAUGGUAACAGACUACAAAGAAACCUUGUGUAGUCUGAUCCUGCAGUCAUCUUCACUGUAUGAUUAGUGAGGCAUAGGGGGCAGAUAGAAGGAAGCAUGACUUCAGGGUCAGACUACACAGGGACUGUUUGUGGUCUGGUAACUUUGAGACAUAGAUCUUUUUAGGAGGUGUAGACACAAAAUGGUCAAAGAUUUUUAAUUUGCUAAAAUGCUUAAUUUUUUUGACUUUAGGUGCACUGGUUCCUCAUGUGGACCUUUAAAGGGGAUUCCCAGGCUCCUGAUAUUGAUGUCAUUGAGGUAAUUUAUAUCCGAUCAGUAAGGGUUCGACACCCAGCACCCAGAAGU